AUGUUUAAUAUGACGAGCGCCAAGAAUCCCGCUCAGAUGAAGAUCCUCGUCCUCGGCCUACCCAGAACGGGUACCCAGAGUCUUGCCGGUGCUUUAAAAUUGCUCGGCUAUGAAAAGGUCUACCACAUGAAAGAUAAUUUUGUUCGAGGAGAUCAUGCAUUCUGGUCUCAAGCUAUGGAUGCAAAAUUUGCCGGGCAAGGGAAAAGCGUGGAUCGAGAAGCUUUCGACCAGCUUUUCGCCGGCGAGUACAUGGCAGUGAGCGACUAUCCUGCUGCUAUGUUCCCCGAUGAGUUGAUAACCUCUUAUCCGUCAGCUAAAGUGAUAUUGCUAAGCCGCGACCAAGACGCAUGGAUCAAAUCAAUGGAAAGCACACUUUUGCAUGCAUGGAAUUUAGAAAAGGAAAAGGACAAGAAGGACAAGAAGAUGAAAAUACAAACGCAAACGAAAGUUGAGAAUGAGAUCGAAGCAAAGGUUAUCUCACCCCGACUCCUUCGCAAUGAGAUGGUUCAAAAGAUGCAAAGUUAUGGCUGGAAUGAUGAUUUUGAGGUCAAUGGGCCUGAGCUAUUUCAGAAGCACAAUGAACAUGUGCGUCAACUCAUGAAAUCUCGACCGGGGGACUUUCUGGAACUCAAUGUCGCGGACGGGUGGGAGUCGCUCUGUCGGUUUCUGGGGAAAGAGAUCCCUAAUGAGGGAUUCCCAAGGAACGACGACUGGGCGAAGUAUAAGGAAGAUGUGAAGAGAUCCGUAGCACAUUAUUAG